UAAUAAAAAAAGGCCGCCGUAUUGUUUUUUUUCUUUAUGUUAUUAAAAAAGUCCGGCAUAAAGUUUGUAAUUUUUUGUCCAUAUUUUAUUUUUUAAUAAUAUAUUUUAUUCUAUAGUUUAAUUAUUCAAUAUUAGCUUGUACUUAAUUAAAAAAAAUAAAGAAUUGCAGUUUUUUUUAAAUUAUUUGUUUACAAAUUGUGUGUUUUGUGAAAUAUAAAAAAAGCAAAAAUAUGUAAAAGAAUUGUUUUGCGGUGAGUAAUAAGCGCGUCGUGCAUGUUUUCAUGAACAUUUGUUAGUACAAAUUUUUAUUUUUAUAAAAACAUUGCAAACAUUUCAAAGUUAAAAAGUGUUUACAAUAAUUUGAAAAUUCCCUCACAUAAAAUACCUGUAUAAUUGAUCAAAAAAAUUAAGCAGUGCUUUGUAUAGAUUGUAGUUCGUUUCUAAAUAACAUUUAAUUUAAAGUGCAUUGCACUCAUAGCAAAUUAAAAAAAAUAUAUAUAUUUGUACAUACUUAUAUAGCUACUUAGAUUGUGUUUUAUUGGUUUUAUUUUUUUAAUUUCACGGAAUUUAAUUAACUGUAGUGGUGUAACAAACAAGAAAAGUUAAAAAACUAAAAAAAAUUUGCAUUUAUAAAGAAAGAAGUUCUUUUUUAAUUUUUGUGUCAUUCUUUUUUACACAUUUUUAAUUUGUCUUGUUGGUUUUUAUUAAAGAGUUAUUAAUUUUUGCUUAAUUAAGAGGUUAAAAUUAAACAUCAUCUGAUAAGAAUAUUUAAACGGUCCAACUAUAAUUUUUGAGAAAAUUUUUCUAAAAAGAUUUAAGUAAAUCGCUUAAGCAAAAACAAACAGAAAUUUUGUUAAAAAUUAUAAAAUAAACUACUAAAAAGAAGCAAAACAAAAACUUGAAAAUGCUUAAAAUUCCAACACCAUCUAUAAAUGCAUCAACCGGCAGUGGAGGGAGUGGGGGUGGUACUGGUACUGGCGGUUCAUCUGGUCCAACAUCUGUUCAAGAUACCAGUGGUUUGUCAGCUAAUAAUGAUAUUAAAGUAAAAACUGCUUAUAAUGGCGAAAUUAUGAUUACCUAUAUUGAGGAGAAUGUUACUUUUGAACGUUUGUGCCAAGAGAUCCGGGGAAUUUGUCGUUUUUCACCCGAUCAACCAUUCACAAUGAAAUGGGUUGAUGAUGAAAAUGAUCCUUGUACAAUAUCAACACAAAUGGAAUUAGAUGAAGCAAUACGUUUAUAUGAGAUCAAUAAAGAUUCAGAACUGGUUAUACAUGGUAUGCAAUCUGUGAAAUAAAUUCGUAUAUGAAUGAACGCAGUUGGUAAUGUAUAGCUAGAUCGUUUUUAAAAGCCCACCACUUGAUCAAAGGAAACUUAAAUAUAAUUUUUUUUUUUAAAUCGGUUCUCUAUUUUGAAGAAAUUCAUUC